GGAAGUUCGUGGAUUUUUGACAUGUGGAUGAAGGCAGACGACAGUAACUGUGAUGAAGUGUUGAGAUAUUUCUCCUUUUGUCUGGUACUCGUGCACUGGUUCCUUUUCCUACUUUCUACCAUUGGACAGAUUGUCAUAAUGGCAAAAAUCUGUUGUUGCGGAGCUGAAAACGCCAUUAAACCAUUAAAGGGAAACAUAAACAUUGACGGUGAUGACCUUGAACUUGGAAAAUGAUAGUAACCCAUAGCAGACUAUAGGCAGUCAAUAGACAUAUUAUCCUAAAAUAAACUGAAAAAAAGUUUCAAAGUUCUUUUUUCUUGGAUCUGAGAUAUAAAGCCCCAGCAUGACUCUGUUUUGAUUUCAGAACAUACUUUGUAUGGGUAAAUACCAAAAUAGAAAUUAAUUGAAUCUAUGAUACCUUUUAUAAAAGUAUAUACAUGUAAAUCAAAAUAUAAAUGUUUGUUUUUCAAUAAUAAAUCUGUUAAAAUGACAAAAUAUGUUACAGAGCCAUGUAUUGUUGAGUUUGCAUGUAAGUUUUUAAUUAUUUUUGAACUUCAUAUUAAAGUAUGCCCUUAAAAAUCAUCAUAGAAGUGUAAACAUACAUUGUGUU